AUGGGCAGCGGGCCAGGUGGGCUCCAAGGAAACCCAACAAGCCCCCACCGAACCCCACCCCCCAAGCAACUGCAGCGUGAGGCCCCUUCGACAGUCCCGACCUGGGUCACACCGCCCGCAGCAAACCGACCCCCAGCAGAAGGACGAGGCACGCCACCAGGACGCGCGGACGACGGGCCCCACCCAGCCCCCCGGACCCCGGCACGCAGGAGCACAGGCCAACCCGCAACCCUGCCAGUACCCCCCCAGACUGCCCCAGACCCAAAGCUGGACCCCCAGCCCACCCGACCCGCCCCCCACCGCCGGCCGCACACCAACGGGCAGGCCCACUCUGCGCGGCAGCAGAACACCCCCCCGUGGGUGGCACCCAGCCCCCGCACCAGGCCCCCAGCCCGGGGGGGGGCCCCAGGCCCGCCCGAGGCGGGGAGAGAGGAGCAGGGAGGGACGGGGAGAGGGGGGAGAGAGGGGGAAGGGUGGGAGAGGAGUGAGGGGCGGGGGGAGGAGGAGCCCAACCACCGCGCACAACCAGGGGCGGAAACAGCCCCCCAGGGCGGACCGGCCACGCCGCCCCGGGCCCAGGGAACACAAGGAGACCCCGCCAACCCCAGGCACACAGGGCGAGGAGUCCAGACGCACCCGCCCCCCAGGGGAAAACCGCCCGGCCCCGCGAUCCCCCACAGAGUCAGGGAGCAGGCCCGGAUUCAAGGGAGAGAGGAUUAA